AUGACAUCUGCCUCGAUAACCAUCUUUGUCUGCCACAGCUCACGGAAUCAACCGUCAUCUCCAGAGGAAGCUGCACAGAUCACGCGUGGCAAAGUGACGGCUGCGCCAAAUACCGUCAGGAUGGUGAGUCCAACCGCCUCCACAAGCUCAGAACACGACACCACCUCGACCGACAAUGCCACCAUCCAAGUCAACAGCGCUGACGGGAUCGGAUCGUUCCCGUUCUCGCCGACCGAAUCCUGCCGCAACGCCGUCAACUUUACCGGCGGCGCCGGCGACGUCGCCACCCAAGGCAGCAGCUCUCCGUUCGCGAUCUCGGGUCGGAUCGGUGAUCGACAACCGCACACCGGGCCCGACGGCACCGAACGAUACCAGCGGCCGCCGCUACCACCGUCAGCACCAGCACCCUGA